GGAAGUUUUCGCUGUAUGGGCAACCCUCGACAACCAUACAGUGCUACAACAAAAUUCAUUGAUUUUGUCAACGUAAAAAACACACACAGCGCAUAGCUGCACAGGCGAAACAUAUAAAGUGGAAGUUAGUUAAAUAAAUUAGGAAAAGAACAAAUAUGCCAGACGAAUUCCAACUGUGAAGCUACGCAAAACGCCAGCAACGAAGUUCCAACAAGAGUUUUUGUUGCCUCUGCUCCCAAUUUCCAAUAAGAAAGAAGUGCGAGAAAAAGAAGAGCAUACGGUGUAAAAGGAAUACAAAAAAAGAAAAAGAAAAACAACAACGCAAGCAAAAAAAAAAAAACAAAACAUAGAAGAAAAUAAAUAAAAUACAAUAAACAAAAAAAUGACAAUCGUUGUAGAAGAAUAAUAUUGAAGCAAUUGGAGCUGCGGCGUCCGGCCGUAAAAUGCCAAGGAACACUUGCAGGCCAAGUGAAUGUGUAGCUAACGGUAACGGUAACGUUAACGGCAGCGAUGCAGCUAACGGUAAACAGGAUGACACUGCCACAACAACAACAACAGCUGCUGCUGCUGCAGUUAAGCAGGAAUUCGAGGCAGCGCCUCCGGUUUGCCACAGAAAAUCGGAGCGACGAAAAAUCGCACGCGAUAUUUUCUUGGUAUUCGAGGAGCAGCCCACAAGACGCCGCCGGGGGCGUGGCGGGGCAAGGGGCAAAUGCACGCGAGCCAAACAGAAAUUUGGACAUUUGAAAGUGGCCAAUACGCCGCGUAUUAACAAGAAUAUAUUGCGUGAAAUCAAAACGGAACCAAAGUGCAGCACAGCAGCAACAUGCCUAGUAACAGCAGCAACAGCAACUGCAGCAACAGCCACAGCAAUAGCAGCAACAGCGGCAGCUGUAGCGCCAAUUGUUGCUGCGGUGCCAGCAACAGUUGCUGCGGCAAUGCCAGCAGCAAUGCAGGCGGAGCUGGAGAGCGUGGAGAGAGAGCCAGAGAAGCCCAAGGUCAAAAUGGCCACAGUGAAACUUGAAACCAAAACAGCAUCAAAUGCAACAGCAGCAACAGUUGCUGCGACAGCGACAGCAGCAACAGCAAUAGCAAUAGCAACACCAGCAGCAGCAGCAAUAAAGCCACAACUUUGUGACUACUCAGAGCAAUUGCUGCCACAAGCAACAGCAACUGCAAGCGAGGCAGCAACAGCGACAGCAACUUGCACCGCAGCAACAACUGCAACAGCUGCAACAACAACAUGCCCUGCAGCAACAGCGUCGCCCACAAUGCCCAGCGUGAAUCCCAUCUUCCUGUGGGUGAAACAGGAUGACACCCGGAUUGUGGAGGUGCGCUGCGAGGAUUACGAUAAGCGUAAUCGCAUCCGUUUGACCAAGACAACAAAUGGUUGGCGCUCCAUGCCACGCACAGAUGCCUCAUCCACGCGAAUUGUCAAGUUCUUCCACAGUGCGGCGGCGCCCUUGAUGAAGGUCAAGCGGGAGCAGCUGCAGCAGCAGCAAUCCCUGGAGCAAGAGGAGCAGCAGGAGCAGUUAGAGGAGGAGACGUUGCAGCAGGAGGAGCAGCAACAGGAGCAGGAGCAAAAGCAACAGCUGCAUAACUGGACAGCAGUGCAGCCGGAGCAGGAGGAGGAGGAGCAGCAGCAGCUGGAAGAGGAGCAGCAGCAACAUAUGGAGGAGCAGCAACAACAGCUGGAGGAGCAGCAACAGCAAUUGCCCGCUGUCAUUGAGAAUGUUGUUGUCGUUGUGCCCGCUCAGCAACAACAGCAGCAGCAGCAGCAGCAAUUGGAAGCGGAUGUGUGCUUUGAUGCGCUGCUGGACAGCGAGACGAAUGCAUCGACCAAGGCGACCAAGACCAACAGCAACAGCAGCAAUAAUAGCAACAGCAAUCUCCCCACGCCAACAUAUCAGAGUUCACCCACGAUAACCAGGACAGCAACGCCAUCUCCAGCGCCCUUGGAACUGCAGCUGUGUCCCAAAACGGGUCUCUUUGUGCCCCAGGGAGUGGCCGCCGUCGUGGACAAUGUGGAGCCGGCGGAGGAGGAGCAGCGGGAGCUGGAGGAAGCGAGCAAACCUUUGACGGAUCACGUCAGUUUGGAUGCCAACACAAAGAAUCUAAAGGAUCUGCUGGAUGAUGCGGAUGAGCUGCUCCAGAACUGCAGCAGUGACAAUGGCAGCAACGGGGAUGACUUGUUGGAUUCGCUGGUGAAGCGCAGCUGCGAGGAUAACCUGACAGCAACGGGAGCAACAAGUGUUGCUGCUCCCACGGCAUUGGGAUUAAGCGCGUUUUGUGUGCCCGAUGUGGCGGGCAAAGAGUUGCCCAGCAUUCUGGGCAUGGACAGCAGCGAUGCACCCAAGUGCCUGUCCUUCAACGAGGCCGGUGAGAUCGAGGGACUCAAUGGUGAUCUCUUCCUGGGCAUCGAUGCCUUUGACAAGCAACCCGAGCCGGUGGAUACGGAGACGGAGCUGGAGACGGAAGCGGAAGCGCAUCCAGCGAACACGGAGACCGUUGUGCUCAUGUCCAAGACGCCGCCCAGUCUGGAAAAGCAGCUGGAGCCCGAGCCGCUGCUGGUGCCGGAUGAAACGCCCAAGGAUUUGAGCUACAAGAAGCGGGAGGAAGUGUGUCCGCCCUCCGAGUCGCGUAGCCAGUGUGCCGUCACCUCCAGUUCGGAUAUCCUCAAGUCCAAGUCACCAGAGCCGGAGCUGCUCCAGCUGCCAGCCACCAGCAUACCAGCCGAGGUGGAGACCACGUCGGAGACCAUCAAACAUCUGAUAUUGGAGCAGUUCCUCAAACUCAAUGGCAAUCCACAGCAGCAGGCGGAACCCAUGGAUCUGGGCAAGGCGACGGGACGUGGUGGUGACAAGCUGCACACAGUGGUCAUAGAUGAUGAGGACGAUGAGGAUGGAGCGGAUGCGGAGCCGGCGGAGCCGUUAAAGAAACGCCCCAAGGCCAUUAAAAUGGACAAAGAUCCGGAUGCACUGACUCAGCUGAAGAUGCUGAUAAGCAAUCCACAGUGGAAGGUACCCGAUCCCAUACUCGUGCCAAAGGAUCGACUGGGCGCGGUCUUGGCCUCUCCAGCCCGUGAGAUUCCAUUGCUGUUGACCACACGGCCGGAGUUGCGUCUUCCGGAGGCAUUUGCCUAUCCGGAGAUCAUACAGAAUCCCAACAUACUGGUCGUCACCAUGGAGCAACUGGAGGCCAUACUCAAGAACGAUGCGGAUCAGGCCAAGACCGGUAAACCCAGCGAUGCCACGCCUCCCGCCCAGCCUACACCCGUAUCCGUGUCCGUUUCCGUGCCCGCCUGCCUGCCCAAGGUGGCGGCCAGUCCAAGUGCACAGAAGCCACCUCAUCCUCAGGGACUGCACAAAUCCAUGACCCAAGCGUGUCCCGCUAAAUCCACAGCUGCCACGCCCAUUUCGGUGGCAGCACCGCCGCCCACAUCCUCGCCAGCAGCGGACUCGAGCAUGUCGACGGAACUGAAUGCCACCACAUUGGCGCUGCUCCAGCAAAUGCUCUGGUUGCCCUAUUUCGGGCAAUUGUCGCAGGAGUUCUUUAAAACCCUCAAGGAUCCGUUGGGAUUGCAGCGGAAAUUCAUGAGCAAUCUGUUGCCGCUGUACAACAGUCAGUUUGGACUGCAGCAUCUGGAUGAGCUCUACAAGCAUUGCCUGAAACAGAAGCCAACGGCGGAGGAGCAAUCGGCUGGAGCUGUUCCUUCUCCAGUUCCUGCUCCUGCGCCAGCUCCCGCUCCCGCUCCCGCUCCUGCCAAGCAAUCUACCAAUGCCUUCAAUGGCUUUGGCAAUCCCAUGGAGCUGGCAUUCAUGCAGAAGCUACUCCAGCAACAGCAACAGCAGCAACAGGUCAAGGAAUCCUCCCAGCAGCAACAUCCUCAUCAUCAUCAUCAUCAUCUGGAGCACAAGCGUGCCAGACGAGAUACAGAUGCCAGCUCCUUGCACAUACCCGACUUCAAUAAGCCGCCAGCAAAGGCAACAACACCAACAGCAACAACAGCAACUGUUGCUGCUGCUGCUGCUCCGCCUGCAACUGCUGUUGCUGCUGCUGCAACAGAGCACAAGCCGCGUCUUACCUGCAAAUCUCUAUCGAAUCUCUUGGAGCCGGAGAGCAAUGUGGUGCCCCUGCUGAAUGUUCCCUUUGAUGGACUGCGUCGCGUUAACUCCAUGCACAAGGCGUCCCAUGAUCUGGCCAAGGAACCAAGCAGCGGACGCACCUUGCGCUCCAGCAAGGCAUGUGUCACCUAUAAUCCUCUAGAGCAUGCCAAGCAAACGCAGCAGCAACAGUUGCAACAGCAGCAGCAACAGUUGCAGCGCAAACGUGGCAACAUGUUGUCGCUUGAGGUGCAACAGCAGCAACAACAGCAGCAGCAACACUUGGCGGAGGCAGCAGCAGCAGCUGCAGCAGGAGCAGGAGCAGCAGGAUCAGCAAUGGAUGCCAAUUCAGCGCUGUGGCAUCCGCUAUUCGGCAGCAAUCCCAAGCAGGGCUACAACAGUCCCUGGCAAUGGACAACGGUGACGGCAACUGGCGAAUGACAGUCAAGUCGGGCUCCCAAGGAGCCAACGACGGCAACAAACACAGCCAGCAAUAGCUACGAGGAGCAACAACAGCAGCAACAGCAGCAGCAGCAGCAACAUGACUACAACAACAGCAACUAUCAUGCCAAGCAACAACAACUCAACACCUCAACAGCAACAGCAGCAGCCAACAAUCAAAAUAAUCACAACAGCAACAGCAACAAGUUCAGUUAUCCAACAACAACAGCAACUGCUGCUGCCAUGGAGAAUAUGUUCCAGAGCAAUCAGUUGCUGAACUCGUAUCUGUAUCAAAAGAACGAUGUUGCUGAUGUUGCUGCGGGUUAUAUGACAGAGCAGGGUUACUGGCAACAGCAACAGCAGCAGCAACAACAUCAACAACAGCAGCAGCAGCAACAUCAACAACAACAGCAGCAGCAACAUCAAAAGCAGCAACAGCAAUGGAGCAAUCACAGCAAUAGCAAU